CUCCAGCCUCUGUGACGAGUAAGUGUUAUCCACUAGGAUCCUGCCGAUAAUAUUUCUUCACAACGCAUCCGAGUCUUUCAUCCGCGGCAACUUUCGAAAGAGGUCAGAAAGCUGUGGCCUAACUGUCAUAUUGGCGUUCUAGCGCGAUCUGAGAUCGGAGCAAGAUUGGUGUCUGAACGACUUGCAACGGUUCACAGCUGUUGUGGAUAACCUCAACCGCUAAAAUCAAACCACACUUGAUUAAAUCAUGGCUGAAGCUUUCAAGCGCCUUCUAGGUGAGAAACUGCAGGGCCAAGGAGCGAAUGAGGUAUCUACAGAGAGUAUCUGUGGUGAAGGGAAGGUUGUCGGUUUGUACUUCUCAGCUCACUGGUGUCCGCCUUGCCGUGGGUUUACGCCAAAGUUAGCACAGUUCUACGAGAAGUAUCACUCAGAGAAAAAUUUUGAAGUUGUUUUUGUGAGUUCUGAUAAGAAUGAGUCAGAGUGGCAGGAAUAUUACAAAGAAAUGCCUUGGCUUGCUUUGCCUUACACCGAUCGUACUCGAAAGGAAACACUUUCAUCAAAAUUUAAAGUUCAAGGAAUACCAACACUGGUCAUACUGGAUGGAAAGGAUGGAAAACUUAUAACAGACAAGGGGCGUGUGAUGGUAACAGAGGACCAGCAAGCCAAAAACUUUCCAUGGAGACCCAAAGGACUAGCUGAUUUAAUGAAAGAUGUAAAAUUGGUUAACAACAAGAAAGAGGAGAAGUCAUUUGCUGAUUUAGCCGGAAAAGUCUUUGGGUUGUACUUCUCAGCUCAUUGGUGCCCUCCUUGCAGAGGCUUUACACCACAAUUGAUUGAGACAUACAAAAAGGUCCAGGAGAAAGGAAAGGCCUUUGAAAUCAUAUUUGUGAGUUCAGACCGCAGUGAGGAAGGGUACAAUGAUUAUUUUAAAGAUAUGCCAUGGCUUUCUAUUGGGUUUGAUGCAGAAAAGAAACAAGAGCUGACCCAGGUGUUUGGAGUGCAAGGCAUUCCAACUUUAAUCCUUUUUGAUGAGAAGCACAAGAUCAUUUCUUCAAACGGUCGCAAUGUAGUUUCAGCUGACCCAGAAGGAGAGCAAUUUCCUUGGAAAUUGAAGCCUUUAAAUGUGAUUGACGAACUAACAGUCUGUACUGUGAAUGACGAGAAAUGUCUGAUUUAUUUCACAGAUGGUGAAGAAGCCUCCAUUCAAAGUGCGAAAGAAAUCAUCCAACCUGUAGCUGAGCACUGCAUCCAGGUGGCAGAGGGAAUAGAUGAAAACCCUCCUCUGUUCUUCUUUUAUACCAAAGGCGAUGAGACAUCCGACAGUCUGCGCGAUUUCCUAGCACUUCCCGAGGAAGAGGAUAACAUUUUAGUGAUACUAGAUAUUCCAUCGCAACAAGUGUAUAUGUCUGAAGCAGAGGUGCUGACUAAAGAGGUUGUAGAGGCAUUUGUUAAUAAUUUUCUUGAUGGCAAACUAAAAGGCAGAAGUCUAAGGGGAUAAGAUACCAAUCAUAUCUGGGUAUUUGAGUUUCCACUAAAGUGUCAGAGAACAUUUUGGUCUGUUCUGUUCAAGUGUUGUAAAUGUAAGAAACUCAUUCAAUUACACCUCUAAGGAUUUUUUUUUUACUUAAUGAUAAGAACAUAAGACAACUUGAGUUUAGAUGCACAAUCUCUCUUUUGUUUGCACUCAGGGUUGCUGUCUUUGUUAUGGUGUUUUUUUUGCUCUCUCUCUCUUUUCUGGUAAAUAUUAGUAAUUGAGGACAUUUUUUUGUGAAGGGACAGACUAAAAUUGGAUUCAGACAUGACUGAUGUGCACUUGUUCUUAAGCAGAUUUGUAGUCCUGUCAUCGUUUAACCCCCACAUGUGUUGAGCACAUUCCCUCUUGUUCCAGUAUCGAUAUACUAUCCACAAACAGGAGCCAAUGGGGUGUGAUCUUGACUCCAUACUUGGAAGUUGUUUGUUGUUGGUCCCACCAGAGACACAUAUCCUCCAAACUUAUUCAAUAGAAGUUGUUAAUAGGCAAAAAGAGAGAAAUGUGCAUUAGAAUUUGGAUUCAAAAUAAAAUGCAAAGUAAGCUAAGUGAUA